GUGUUACAGUUAUAUUUCAUAACUGCUUAUAUCUUCAUAAUAAAACACUGUGCAAAGAUAAUACAAUAAUGGAGAACUUAUAUAAUAUAAACUAAAUAUUGUGUUAAUAUGUUUUAUUUCAUACCUUAAUGGGGAAGUUAAUGGGUCAGCAAGACUUAAGAAAAGAAUGGAAAAUGUUGAAGUUAAGAUAGAUGCUAUCAACAAUGAUAUAGCUUCCUUCAGACUUGACAUGAUAGAUGUAUACGAUAACAUGGAACAGAUGAACAUGUCAAUGUGCUCCAGGAAAUCUCCAACUUCUCAAACUAUGCCUACAGAGGUGACAGUCAAACAGUCCAGUCAAACACAGGAAGUAGAGAAGAGAUUACUUUCAGCAUGGCAGAGAGAAAAGAAAUAUACGCGUAACCAAUAUCAGGAACUUGUGAACAGAAUAGAAAUUCUUGAAAAAGGACAAAAAGACUUAGAAACUCUUUCAAGUGGUCAAUCUGAGAGCAUUGAGAACGUUUUAGGUGAUUUAAAAUUUCUGAAGGAAACCGUUGUCUCCAACACUGUAAACAGAGAUGAGUUUAUAAACAUUAAAAAUCAGACAAUAAAUGUUCAGAAAAAGAUUACAACCAUGGCAGAUGCUCAACAACAUCUUGUACAUAAUGUGAAAGGAUUUGGAGAGAAAAUACAACAAGCUACACAGGACAUUAAAAAUAUGGUUGAGAAAGUAAAUAAAAUUGAUGAAAUAGAAAAAAAAGUACAGACCAUAGAUACAGUGAUGAAUAAGCUGAAGCUAACAUUUAUAGAAAUAGACAAGUUAAGUGAUGAAGUGUCAUGCCUUUAUCCUUGGAACAACUACCGAGAGUCAUGUUACUAUUUCAGUAACUUGAAAUUGUCCUGGAAAAAUGCAAUGACAGACUGUCAGUCUAAAGGAGGUUCUCUUGUAGAAUAUAAGAAUAAAGCUGAAGUUCAGGACAUUGCCAAGAUGGCUCUUUCAAUAUCAUCUGAAAAUGUGUACUGGGUAGGAGCUACAGACAUAGAGAAGGAGGGCAACUGGAAGUGGUCUAAAUCAGGUUCUACUGUUAAUUUCAGAUAUUGGAUGGAUGGUAAUCCAGACAAUUAUUAUAAUGAAGACUGUAUGACAACUCAAGUGGAAGACAAAGGGAUCUGGAAUGAUGCAGCCUGUCAUAGUGAAAAGAAAUACAUAUGUCAAAAAGCAAAAUAUGUCAGUGAAAUGAAAUCACAUGCUUGACAUAUUAUUUUUUACAGAGGAACUAUUAUAAAAUGAAUAUGAAUCAAUAUAAAUUCAAGGCAAUGAGUCAUGCAUUAUUAGGGUAUCAUUUUUUUUUAUCUUAUGUAGAAAUAAUCACAUAGAGUCAUAUUCUUUUAUGUUAACAUUUGUUAUUUUGCAUAGAAAUGAUCACAAUAAGUCAAGUUAUGUGAACAUUUUGUUAUUAACUGUUGAAAUGAUCAUAAUAAGUUUUGUGAAAGGAUAAGAGUUGACAACAGGGUAAUGAGAUACCUGAAUUCUCGGACAGCAAUGACCUUGUAGAACUGAAGAAGGUCACCUAAUAAUAUCUCACUCUCAUCCAUACCCUCAACAUCUGUGUCUCUGAAAUAUAAACUGAUUAUACAGAUAGACACAAAAGACCUUAACAUAUAACAUAUAUAGACAGAUCAUCUAUUCAUUAAAAUCAAUGUACAUUAAGGAAUACAAAAGUUAUAAAACUCUACAUGUAGACAUGUAUAUUUCCUUUCCUUAUCUACAAGCUAUCUAUGAGCAAUUCUGAGAUAAGCUGUGCUGAUUUCAUUUUCAAAUUCAUUUUGCUGAUCUUCGUUAUUACAGAAAAUACAUCUAAUAUAAUAAAACAUGUAAAGCUA